GAGACGGGCAGCAGCGAAAACCGGGAGAGGCGGCUGCUCUGGCUCCUCCUCCUCCCCGCGCCCGCCGCCGCCGCCGCCGCCGCCUCUGCCGCUGCCGCUGCCUUGGACUUCGUGUCCCGCCUCCCAGUGCAUGCCCUGGAGGGUCUCAAACCCUGCGUGUCUAGGUCUCGGAGCCUGUCUCUCAGUCUCUCUGCGCUUCUCUUUGGGUAUCGGCUCUCUUCUGGCCCUCGCUGGAGCCUACUCUAACCUCCCUCCACCUUCCCAGCCCCUUGAGCUCUCCAGUUCCCUGCGAUGUGAAUCCAGCUGGCAUCGGGGCGGCCUGGGGCUUCCUUGAACUGCGCCUACCCCUGGGUGCAAGCACGGGAGGCGUUUCGGAGUCGCUGCCUCUCAGGCUGAGCAAGUCCGAGGAACCCACCCGCCCCUGCUGAGGCAUGGAGGCGAAGCGCCCGCCGGGGGACCGCCGGCCCACUGCCAGGCACGAACCCUUGUAGCUCUAUUCUACAUGGAGCCUUCCUGGAGAGGGACCCGGUCGCCUUCCCAUUCUGCUCGGUGCGGCUGGUGAGAGAUCUCCUUCCUCUGUGAAGUGGCCGUCAGGGGGAUCUAUGUUCUUGAGGGAACAGAGACUCAGCGCAGGCGAAGGAGAGGAAGUUUGAGACGCGGGAGGAUGCAGGCUGCGUAUUGGUACGUCCUUCUCCUCUGGCAGCCUACUCUCUACCUGGUCACAUGUGCCAAUUUAACGAAUGGCGGAAAGUCAGAGCUUCUAAAAUCUGGAGGCACCAAAUCCACCCUAAAGCACAUCUGGACAGAAAGCAGCAAAGACUUGUCCAUCAGCCGGCUUCUCUCACAGACUUUUCGUGGCAAAGACAAUGGUACGGACUUGGACCUGCGCUAUGACACCCCAGAACCUUAUUCGGAGCAAGAUCUCUGGGACUGGUUGAGAAACUCCACGGACCUUCAGGAGCCUCGGCCCAGAGCCAAGCGACGGCCCAUUGUCAAGACUGGGAAGUUUAAGAAAAUGUUUGGCUGGGGUGAUUUUCAUUCCAACAUCAAAACUGUGAAGCUCAACCUGUUAAUAACCGGGAAAAUCGUUGACCACGGUAACGGGACUUUCAGCGUAUACUUCCGGCACAAUUCCACCGGGCAAGGCAACGUGUCUGUGAGCUUGGUGCCCCCAACCAAGAUUGUAGAAUUCGACUUGGCCCAGCAGACGGUGAUCGAUGCCAAAGAUUCCAAGUCCUUUAACUGCCGGAUCGAGUACGAAAAGGUUGACAAGGCGACCAAGAAUACGCUCUGUAACUAUGACCCUUCCAAAACCUGUUACCAGGAGCAGACACAGAGCCAUGUGUCCUGGCUGUGCUCUAAGCCCUUUAAGGUCAUCUGUAUUUACAUUUCCUUUUAUAGUACCGAUUACAAACUAGUACAGAAGGUGUGUCCUGACUACAACUAUCACAGUGACACGCCCUACUUCCCUUCGGGUUGAGGAGGAGCCAGUGUGGGUAAGACUGAGGCCUGAGGAAUCAAAAAGGUCAUAUGACAGGGCUGUUACUACAAAGGAGAAGGUCCCAUCUGGGGCCUGGAUUGUGUCUACGAUGCUGCUGUUGUCCACGGGCUGCCAAGAUCCCAGGGGGGACAAUCUGGUGUCAUUUCUGCCCAUUGGCUCCAUCUCUCAGUGUAGUUGUGAAUCACUGCAGGUUUUACAUAAAAUCACCCCAAGAUCACAUACACACAGACAUACAUGUACAUGUACACACAUAUUUUGGCUCGCAUUUAUUGGGACCCCUGUUUAGAGGUCUUUUAAUUCUUUGGGUCAUAAGGUUUUAGAUAACCAACCGAGGCAGAAGGGAAUAGCUAGGCAGAAUUGGGCUCUGACAGGCACUGGAGUAGAGAUAUCCUUCCAAAUCUUAAAUCCAUGGAAAUCCAUCCUUCCCUCUCACGCGUGCUCCUGCUUCGGAUAGCUGCUCUGGUAACCAAUACCAUAGGCCUAACUGCUUGUGACAAUGGAACGCGUGUUUCUAGAGCUCAGUAUUCCUUCCCAAAUGAACCCACCCACCUAGCAUCCUGUAGGCACAUUUGAGGGGGCCAUAGGAGGCCUGCUCUGUAUAAAGAUAAGUAAACCUUUGGAAUUUACAUGUGGGCACAUAUUGAGAUUUCAGCUUUUGCCCCUGGUCAUUGGCAUUGGCAGAGUUCCACUUAGAAACUCCCCAGCCACUAGAUCUCGAGGGGACAUGCCCAAGAGACAGACGACAUGUAAGUUGUAAGUGGCCAUCUUAUCUUUACUCCACACAUUGUAACAAACUCAAUAUCCUAGUCUUCAUUUGUAUGAAUGGUUUGUAUUGUACAUAGUUUAUCCCGUGUUAUUUCAGCAGCUUAUUAAUAUUAACUUGUACUUGUCUCUCUGCUUGUUAUUGGUUAUAAAAGAGAAAGGGAACGAGGAGGAGUCUGAGUCCAUGUUAGCAAUGUAGCCGUAAAUCCCCAAGCAAGACAGAACUCUGCAUCCAGCACUUACUCAGCUAACGGAUUGUUGGAAGCGAUACAUAUACACAGCAUUACAGUCUGUCUGUAGUUAGAGUUUUAUUUCUGGACGAAGAUGAAAUGUACAUAGAAAUAAAAUACUUAAAGUUCAGUUUCAA